AUGUCCCUUGGGACAUCUGCCAUUGACCCGGCAUUACGUUCGUCAUCCUCACAAGUUCGAGAUGUUCCCGACUUCACGUCGCCUCAGGAAGGCGAUGGGUCGUCUUCGAUGAAGUUCGAGGGUGCCGAGUCGGCCCAGGCCUACCAUUCUUCCAACUCAACGACGUCCUUCCCCCCAACCACCGAAUAUCCAGAGAGUUCAGCGGCAGAAUAUGCCCCUUCGGCUGCAGGACUCUCUGCUCUGGCAUCUGCUGCCUCUGAUCAGACCUCCUAUAUACGGGCCUAUGAUAACGCAGACAACUCGAACAACAACCAUAAUGCCAGCCAAAGUGUAAAUUAUGCAACGUCUGCUGCAACCGCAACCAACGGAGGACACGGUAGCACCACGGCCAAUGCCGAUGCAAACAACCAAACUACUCCGAGAUCAGACGCCACUACGCCAUAUGGUUACGCUCGUGCUUCAAGGAAGCUUUCACCAGGCCGUUCUGACGGCUCAAACUCUCCUGUCUCACGAACGGAUACGCCCAACUUUCAUGGCUCAACCAGCAUCCCUCCCCACAAUAUGUUUGACAACGUUGGUCUCGCGGACCCCAACUUUACCCCGUCUGGAAACUUUGCUUCAUUACAGCUGCAACACCCGUCCCCGGGCUCCACAUCUUCCAACGAACGCCAUCUUGACGGGCCCCAGACAUACGAGAACCUGGUUGCAGCAAACACAUCCUUAAAAACCCGUGUCAAUGAACUGGAAUUAAUAAAUGAUCUCUUUCAGGACUCUGAAUCUCGUCUACGGCAGUCACUCAAAGAGGCACAAAAGCGAGAAGAGGAGCUAAAACGUAGGAUAAGCGAGCUUGAAGGCCGCUUAUCCGAACAAGAACUGGGUCAAUCUAAGGAUGAACCCGCAGAACCUCAUGCUAAAAGGUGUCGACUUUCCGACUCUUCGGAAAAGGCUGGAGUCGACAGCAAAUCCUCUGCGGACGUCUAG